AUGGCUUUGGUUGUAAAGCUCGAGGAGCUGGAAGAUCCAGCUUCUGCUCACAAUGUUGUGGGAGCCAGAGACAAGAUGUUCACCCUGAAGAAGUGGAAUGCCGUGGCCAUGUGGAGCUGGGAUGUGGAGUGUGAUACCUCCGCCAUCUGCAGGGUCCGCCUUGGUGUCAAGCCGAAAAUAAACAAGGUGACUAUAUUGUGGUUUGCGGAGAAUGCAACCACUCCUUCCACAACUGCUGCAUGUCGCUGUGGGCAAAACAGAACAACCGCUGCCCACUUUGCCAGGACUGGGUAGUGCAGAGAAUAGGCAAAUGAAAAUUGUGGGCAUCCUUUCA